GUGCGGAGGCGACGGUUCCACGUGUCAUAAGGUAACGCACACCUUGACGCCGUCAAUAACACAGACAGGUAUAGUUCAAUACCGGAGUGUUACUAUCCCAAAGGGAACUCGCCGACUGAGUGUACGAGCACAGGAACCGUCACUGAUAGCUCAUAUUGGUAAUCAAUUAAUUAGUACAAUCAUGUACAACCACAAGUUCAACUCGUGCAAUUUGAUUGUGUCUAGCUUUGCAGACGAAAGCGGGAAAAGUAGUAUUGCACAACCCAGACAAAGACACAGUCGUUAACUACCGAGGCACUUUGAUAGAGUAUACACGCCAAUCAGACGGCAGUGAAGCGGUCACAGUACAAGGAAAAAUAACAGCUGCCUUCCUCAUCACCGUAAGAUUCCAACAUUAAGCUUUAAAGUCGAAAUUCACUCGACCAUAUGUCGAAAUAGCUUCAGGCUCCAGGAUACCGCAUGUAUCAAUCUGCUUAUCACUGUUUGUUGUUUUCUCUCAGGUGAAAUUUACCGGAUCCAUCAGAAACGUGUCAAGUUUGCCCUGGGUUACAGUCACAUACGUCAAAGACGUCAGAGAACCAAAUCAAAACAGGUAACAAGAUUCCGACCUCAAACCCUCCUCCAUUGACUUUCAUGUUGUUAAGCAGCUAUACAUGGAAUACCGGAAAUUGGUCGAUCUGCACUCGCACAUGCGGUGGUGGUGUUCAAACUCGUCAGGUCACAUGCGAGCGACACCGUCGGAGAGGGACGCCGGUCACAGCAAAGGACUCAUUCUGUGAAGACGCCGAAGGCAAUAAACCAAGUGGUAUGAGCCUCUGCAGUCCCUUCCGUUGUCCGACAUUAGACGAACCGGUCUAUGCGUGGAGCACGGGGCCCUGGUCGGAGUGUUCGAGCCAAUGCGGAUAUCAAACUCGCCACGUGGUUUGUCACGAGAUAAUUCCCGGCUUGACCACUGCGACCUCUGAUGACAAGUGCGACGCCAGCAGCAAACCCCCACAUCAGAAGCAAUGCGACGGACAAAAUUGUCAAGCACAGGGAUGCAUUGAUAGAAUAAGCAUAUGCCAAUUCGCUCUUCGAAUAGAACUCAUUCGAUGCAGUGUCCCCAGGCAAAGAAAUCUGUGCUGUGUAGCGUGUAAAACACACGUAUCAAUUUCAGCGAGAAGUAACAAGAAAGAUAACCGGCAGGGGCAACCCUAGAUGAUACGCUGUGCUAUUUCUACUGUACAAGCAUGAACAUUCGUCUCAGCAUUAAACCUUGCACAGACUGACUACGAGUUUGUUUUGACUAUCAGCUGCAGACUAAUAAUACUAUUCGAUGUAUACCAAUAUGUAUACCAAUAUGUUUAUUGUAUGCGUCAUGAGAUGCGUACUAACACUAUAACAUCACUGUACAAUUGCUAACAAACUUGCUUCCAGGUCAUCAAGUACUGACAGCACCUGCUUGCACUAAUUAUAGCUAAGUAAUCAUUAAUUGCCCAGGUGGCUCCGUGAUGUCCUACCUGUCCAGUUAAAUUUAAACAACUGAAAGUCUGGCACUCUCUGCCUGUUGACUUAGCUGUAGAAUAGUAAACAGCACUUCACAAAACCUACAUCUACUCAAAACAAAGUUUGCCACAUGGCCACAUGUUACGUAUUUUUAAAUGCAUAUGAAUAUUAAUUAAUAUCAUUAGCAAAUAUAGUCCAACCACCACUAUAGGAUAUCCGUUGUUACUAUUAGGAUGAAAAUUAAACAAAACAGGUCAAAGUCACUGCUAACACAGGGGCAGCUGUAUCCUAAUAUCCAAACGAAUGCUUUCCUCUUUCAGAAUUAAACCGCAACACAUACUCAGUGCAGUAGCCCAACUAAUAAGCCUAUCC